CCGUGGUGACGCGCCAAUACUGCCCGUAAAUCUACCUACAGGCUAACCGACAGCAGUAGUAUCGAGUGAGCGACAGUGACAUUGCUUGUUUCUCACUCAUAACCCACCCACUCCUAUCUCUCUAAACCUCGCCGGAUCUCUCCCUCUCCCUCUCUGUUUCUCUAUUUCCCUGUUUUAGGCUCUCAAAAACCAGAACCCAAUAAUUCAGUCUAACGAAACUCCAUAGAGUAUGGAUUUCACAAUCCAAAUGAGAGCAACAAGAACAAGAAGAAGAAACAAAGGCAUUUUCCUAACGCUCUCUCUGCUUCUCCUUUUAUCACUCUUUGCGAAUCCCACAAAUGCCUCGAUCCACAUCUACGACAACCAGACCUUCAGAGAAGUCGGCAAUGCUUACCUUCUCUCCGGCGGCAGCGAAGGGAUCGCCGCUUCUCUCUCCACCGGCUCUUAUAUUCGAUUUGAAAAAAUCACCUUCUGGAGGAGCAAGGAUGCUGCUGACAAGCAUUCUGACAUGGAGCAUAGUACUGGGUUGAUACAAGUUAUAAUUUUUGAGGCAGCUGAUCGUAAUAAUAUUGGUGGUUCUGCUUAUGGAGGACAAAGAGCUAUAUGUUGCACCCCUGAUCUUGCUAAGAUGGAAGGUUGUAAGCAAGGUGAAGUCAUCAGGAGACCUUCUGCAAUAGAUAUUAACUGGCCUAUUGUUUUAAAUGUCCAGUUCCGUGGGAACUAUCUAUAUGCAAAUAUGGACUAUAAAGAGGUUUCCAUCCCAAAAACUGGGAUGUAUAAUUUAUUUUUUGUAGCAUGUGAUCCAAAACUGAAGGGACUAGUUAUGAGUGGGAAAACUUUGUGGAAAAAUCCUGAUGGUUAUCUACCUGGUCGAAUGGCUCCUCUGAUGAAGUUUUAUGUGUUUAUGUCACUUGCUUACGUGGUUCUUGGUAUAAUUUGGUUCACUCAGUAUGUGAGGUUUUGGAAGGAUGUUCUGCAACUUCAGCAUUGCAUCACGGCUGUUAUUGCUCUUGGAUUGUUUGAGAUGAUUCUUUGGUAUGUUGAUUACGUAAAUUUUAAUAAUACGGGGAUGAGACCGAUUGUUGUUACAACAUUGGUUGUGACAGUUGGAGCUGUGAGAAAAACAGUUUCACGUCUUCUUAUCCUCAUUGUUUCAAUGGGUUAUGGUGUAGUGCGGCCCACUCUUGGGGGUCUUACCUCAAAGGUGCUUCUUCUUGGAACAACAUUUUUUCUGGCAACAGAGUUGCUUAAUAUUACUGAGUAUGUGGGAACAAUUAAUGAUGUAUCAGGAAGAGCCAGAUUAUUUCUAGUUCUUCCUGAUGCUUUCUUGGACGCAUUCUUGAUAUUGUGGAUUUUUACCUCUCUCUCAAGAACACUGGAGCAGCUACAGGCAAAGAGAAGCUCUGUCAAGCUGGAUAUGUAUAGGAAGUUCUCAAAUGCAUUAGCAGUGACAGUCAUUGCCUCAGUCGCAUGGAUAGUUUAUGAGGUGUACUUUAAAGCAACUGAUCCAUUCAAUGAAAAGUGGCAGAGUGCUUGGAUCAUCACUGCUUUCUGGGAUAUUCUUGCAUUUGCGUUGCUCUGUGUUAUCUGUUAUCUUUGGGCACCAUCUCAGAGUUCUCAACGGUAUGCUUACUCAGAGGAAGUGGGAGAAGAAUCUGAUGAUGAAGAAUCUCAAUCUCUUACUAGAGGCAAGCCAGAGGGUGACAUUGGCUUAGUCAAGCAAGAGAACAGUAGAAGCACCGAAGAUCUUGAUGAAGAUGAUUCAGAAGAAGACAAGAGGGAAUGAUCAUUCAACGACAACCUUAUUUGGUUGCUCAGUACCUUCCUCUUGGUACAAGCUCAUACGGCACUUGGCUUAAUGCGCCGCAACUAAAGCAAUGGUCCUUUGGACCUCUUCAACUUGGCAUGCAAAGAGGUGUUGUAGAAUGUUUGCUACUUCCAACUAGAAUCAAAAGGCUCCAGAUUUCUUGCCCUUCUCCCCAGAGCUAAUAUCAUUUUGUUGUGUAUGUAAAACCUAGGUUGUCCACUAAGUUUUCCAUGACUAGAUGAAAUCAUGAGAAAUGAAAAAUUAACUAAAAGUUGUGUAUUGAAAAAAGAACAAAAAAAAGCAGUUGUAAUCUUGAUUAAUCCUGUACCAUGUAUAAAUGCCUUGUAUUUUCUCAAAUGAUGAAUUGAAUUUUGUUUUUCCCUACUCGUUAAAGAUGAUAUUUUUUUAAAAUUUA